AUGGCAGAUACCGGAGGGGCUUCUGCCCCAGAUAGUUGGCGAGACUCGCAAGCUAUAUCCCUACACCACAUCGAUCCAGCUCCAAUUGAGUCUCCAGCCGCCGAGAGGGAUGACCUGCUGUUACCUGAUGAUGUGAUUGAUGAUGAGGAGAGCUACACACGCAAGGACCGGAGAUCUGGGACUGCAGCCGCUCCAGGCUUGAGUGGAACUGGCCGAGGCGCCAUCUACUACUUGACACGCAUCCAAAAGUAUUCGAGUUACGCCAUGUCGUUGUUCACCACCUUACACAUCUCAAACGUUUCCCUGAUCCCAGCUGCCACCCGUUCUGUCGACGCCUCCGAGACCUACCUCCUCAUGACCCGCGAAAUCUACCAGACUAGCAUUUCAGAGCCUCUACUUGUUAUAUUACCGUUCGUUGCACAUGUCGGAUCUGGCGUUGCCCUCCGAUUGUUAAGACGGGCGCAAAAUGUGCGGCGAUAUGGCGGCGCAGGUUUAUGGGCAGGUCAAGGGUCACAUGGCCAUACGGCAUCACCCUGGCCCGAAAUGAGCUACAUUUCGAUUACAGGAUAUGCAUUCACGAUAUUCUACUCCGGUCACGUGUUAAUGAACCGUCUCCUGCCGCUGGCAGUUGAAGGAGACAGCUCAAACGUCGGGCUCGCCUACAUCGCCCACGGAUUCGCCCAGCAUCCCGUUGUUUCCUGGCUGGCAUACAUAGGGCUGAUCGGUAUUGGAGCAGGCCAUAUGGUGUGGGGUACUGCAAAAUGGCUUGGGCUUGCGCCUUCAACGAGGGGAUGGUUGAAGCCCAGAAAUAGAACCGUCUCGGUUGUGGUAGACCGAAAGACAAGGCGGCAAAGGAGAAGGCGCUGGCUCGGUGUUCAAGGGACGGCUGUCGUGGUCGCGGCAUUGUGGGCAGUGGGUGGCCUUGGUGUUGUUGCGAGAGGUGGCCCAACAAGUGGCUGGUUAGGAGCCUUGUACGACAAUCUGUAUGCCAAAGCUGGGCUUUAG